AUGAAAGUUGAUCAAAGGCAUGCAACUUCAAAGUUGAUUAGUGGUUACAUUAUUGACAAUCUUCGAGACCCAAGGUUUGAAGUUACACCAGCUUUUGUCAUGGCAGAAAUGCAAAAAUUGCAUGGACUAGACAUUGGGUAUCAUAAGGGAUGGCGUGCUACUCAAUGUGCUCUCUCUUUAAUAAGAGGAACUCCUGAAGAGAAUUAUGAAUUAUUGUCUUCAUACUUGUAUACGAUGAGAAGUAAAAACCCGGGAACACAUACUAACAUAAAGAUAGACGACAACAACAGACCAGUGAUUGCUGUUGAUGCAACUUUUUUGAAGUCAAAAUUUUGUGGUGUUUUAAUGAUUUCAGUUUCAAAAGAUGCAAAUAACCAAAUUUUCCCACUAGCCUUUGGAAUAGCAGAAUCUGAAAAUAACAAUUCCUAUGAGUGGUACUUUAGUGAGCUUCGCAAUGCAAUUGGAAGUCGUGAGAAUUUAUUUUUUUUAUCAGAAAGGCAUCAAUCUAUUGCAUAUGCCAUCGCAAAGAACCUAAAGCGAAGGAAAGUGAAAAGUGAGGUCAUAAAACUUUUUCAAACUGCUGCAAGAGUAUACAGGCGCAAAGAAUUUGAUCUUUACAUGUCAGAUAUAGAAGUAGAUAAGAAGACUUAUGACUAUUUGAUGGAAGAACCACCGGAAAGGAGAAAUGAAGCAGAAGGAACUUUUUAUGAUGUUUCUUGUUGGGUAGAAGAGGAAUUGAAGAAAAAGAUAGAUUUAGCAUUUACUUGGAAUGUCUUCCUUGUUGAUUCAUGGCGUUCUAGAGUUGAAGAAGAAGGAAUAACUUUCUUGGUGGACUUAAACAAAAGAACAUGUGAUUGUUUUCAGUUUCAAUUUGAUGAAUUACCAUGUAUAUAUGCAAUUGCAGCUAUCGAGAAGAGAAACAUCAAGAAGUCCAACUUUUGCUCGCAUUAG